ACCGUAACAUUUGAGUUGCCCGCAUUCGAACCUAAAGACGUUCCCACCGUCGAGGUUCGGAAAGACCACCUCACGGUAUCUGGAGACUCGAAGCUUUCGAAGGAGUCCGAUGAGGGUGGUUAUAAGGUCCGCGAGCGCUCCCAUGGGAAA